CAGCUCUUUCUCGGGCUACACCGGUCCUGAAGAAGGGCGAGCCUCGCUCCGCGGUGGGAAGGACCGCUGCCAGCUCCGCACCCCCGGGGCGGGACAGAGCAUCCCAACCAAGGAGCCCGACAAGGAAAGGAGGAAAAAGGGGAGCCCCCUCCCCAUCUGGCCUCGCGAAUGUUCCUAUGUCAACAGCACAGAAGCCACUGUAUUCAUUGGUUCUGCUGAGUUCCAGCAUUAAAAAUUACAAAGCAACCCAACACACUGUCACCCAGGAGUGUAAAUCAAGAUUGAGUUUCCAAGUCUGGGGCAUCUUCUCUGAUUUUCAUUCUCUGCUGUUGUACAAAAGAUGUCAAAAAACACAACAGAGAACUCAAAUUACACUCACAUAGUUCUUCUAGGCUUUUUCCUGGCUAGCAUUUCACUGGUCACUGUUGUCAUGAAUGUAUUAGUAUUAUGUGCUGUGAAAACUGAGAAGAAGCUGCAAACAGUUGGCAACUUAUACAUUGUUAGCCUCUCUAUUGCAGAUCUUAUCGUUGGUGCAGCUGUUAUGCCCCUUAAUAUUGUUUAUCUCCUAAACCAUGUGUGGACUCUGGGCUUAACAGCAUGUUUGUUCUGGCUGUCAAUGGAUUAUGUGGCCAGUACCGCAUCUAUUUUCAGUCUCUUCAUACUAUGCUUAGACCGUUACCAUUCCAUUCAACACCCCCUGAAAUAUCUCCAGUAUAGAACAAAAAUGAGAGCAUCACUGGUGAUUUUGGGAGCUUGGUUGCUCUCUUCCUUAUGGAUCAUCCCAAUCCUAUGGUGGCGUGAUUCUGCCAAUGAUGAGAAAAGGAAAGGAAAAACAAACUGCGAAACUGAGUUCUCUCAUGUCACUUGGUUCAAAGUGUUGACAGCCAUUGUCAAUUUCUAUCUGCCCUCUAUCAUAAUGUUGUGGCUCUACUGUAAAAUAUUCAGAGCUGUUCGAAAACACUGCCAACAGAGAGAAGUCGUCAAUGGAUCAUACUGCUCUUUCUCUGAGAACAAAAAUGUAAUUCAUGAUAAGGCAAAGGCCAAGCAAAGUAUUUGCCUCCAAAAGCAAAGCAUACAUGAAAACACAACUCAUAAAGACAAACAGAUGUCGUCUGAGUGCAGAAGUAUGGCAGCAAAACCGCUUUUCAGUAAGGCUGACAAGUCUUCAAAGGCUUUUGUUAGCAGCAGUAAGAGCAAAGCCUUUAAAUCCAGUUGUUCACCUCUCACCACUGCCCAGUCUGAGCCAGAUCUGGAUAAAGCAGGAAAGAAGAGUAUGUGUGUAGAAAAGGACAAUAAAAAUGAAGAGGAUCCUCACUCACAGGACAGCGACAUAAGUGCUGCAUCAGACAGCGAUACUUUCACAGACAACGUGCCUUCUGGAGAGCAGCCCAAUCCUAAUCCUGAUAGAGCCUGCACUCCUCAGGAAAAUACAGAGAACAGGGAUUUCAGAGGACUGACUUACCUGAGGAAAACCUGGCAAACCCUUCAUACUCAUUCCAGAAUACAUCUUCGAAUACAGCACGUGAACAGGGAGUGGAAAGCAGCUAAGCAGUUAGGGGUCAUAAUGGCAGCCUUUAUGCUGUGCUGGAUUCCCUAUUUUGUGUUAUACAUGGUAACUGUUUUCCAACACCGUGAACAGUUUUACAAAUUACAUAUGUUCACUAUAUGGCUCGGCUACGUGAAUUCCACCUUAAAUCCAUUCCUGUAUCCUCUUUGUAAUGAAAAUUUCAAGAAGACAUUCAAAAAGAUCCUUCACAUUCAGUAAUAUCACACUGGCUGUUUUUCUGAGGUAAAAAGCAACCCAUAAAAUCAAUCAAAUGAAAUGUUCCAGUUUCAAAGGCAAAUACUGUGAUAAAUUAGAAGGCUUUGGAAAACUAAUUUAUAAACAAGUGUUGGUAAAAGUGGGAUAUGUUCAUAUAACAGCUUCAGCAUGUUUGAAGAAUGGAUUCUUAUCAGGAAUCCGAAAAGCUCAGUAGCCAGUCUCAGAUCUGUUACACUAUUGUAAAUAUUUUAUGAUUUGAGAUUCUCUCUUUCGUCAUAUAGAACUAACCUGAGUGUACAAAAAGAGAUCAUCAGGGAUUAUAAGUUACUCAGCUAUGGAAAAGGCAGAAAGAGAACACUGUUCCUGUGAUCGGUCAAAGAUUUUUUUUCUUUUUUAACUUACUGCUUUGAACAGGGAACACACUGCUUGUGAAGAGAGGUCUUCUGCAGAAAGAGGUACUUUGCACAGUUAAAAAAGAAGCUUCUACUGUUUGAAGAAAUCUACACUGUUUAUUUAUAGCUUUCUCCAAGUCAUACACUUGUUCGGAAGUCAUAGUUUAACCUACAGUAUCUACUUAAUAUCAGGCUUGCUUCAUUUAUACCAGUACACUUCAACUUCACUGAAAAAAGAAGUAUUGUUUGUCCUACACAUUUUGCUAAGACAUUCCGAACUCAAGAUAAUAUCAAGAAGGGUAGGCUGUUGUCUCUGACAACAUAUUUUCUUUGAGAAUAUACCUGAUUGUGGCCUAUAUGUAUUUUAUUCCUCCUAUGACUUGGCAAAUAGCCUAAGCAUGCAGAAGCAAUGCUAAUGCAUAUCUUUAUGACAGGCAAACUCUUCUCGCUACAGUGAGACAAAGUCCUAAGCAGCAACUCAAGCUUGCAAAACAGGAAAUAAAAUACAUGAAGUAUUUUUACCUUUCCUGUCCUUUACUUACAUAAGUUGUGCUGUAAACACUGUUAAAUAUUUUAGAAGAAGCAGAAUGAUAGAAUACUUAUGGUUGCAAAGAGUCUUAAGAAGCCACUUAAAUACAGCCUACAACUCAAAGCUGUGCUUUUGCAGUAUCCUCAGGGCCUCAUCCAUUCAACAACACAUGAAAAGGGCUUCCUUUGAAAAAGCUGGAAGGCAGCUUUGACACAGAGGUUUGCAGGUUUCACCCUAGCAGCUCAAGUCAUUCCCUCGUUAAGCCAUCCAUUUCACUGUUUCUAAGUAUGAACAGCGCAGUGAGGUAAACCCUACUUUCCAGUCAAAGGAAGAAAACAUGGUUCCUUAGCAAAAGAAUGCAGUCACCUACAUUACAUGAGCUGCUGAUUUAACAGAACAGUUACAUCAACAUAAACCAAAAUCUGCAGAUUGGGAAGAAAGAUGCAGAAUUGAGGCCAAGGAGAUCUCUGGUCCUGUAUGAUCCAAAUACGUCAAGACACACAAGUACGCAAGUGAAGCAUUCAUUUCUGUACUGUAAUGGAACUAAGCGAAAGAAACAUUUUGAGCAAACACUAAAUCUGACCUCUGGGGCAAAAUUGCUACGGGACUCCAGUCAGUUUUAAGAGGACCAGAACCAGGGGGCUGGACUCGAUCUCUAAAAGUCCCUUCCAGCCCCUACAAUUCUGUGAUUCUGAGAUUCUGUGAUAUCUUCAGCAGCAGAUGUCAUAUUCGUAUAUAGUAAUGAAUUGCAUUUAAUGGUGAAUGUUCCAUACAUUUUAGGAACGGUGACUGGGGAGGCAUCCUGAAAGUUCACUGUGAAAAGAAUAUAUUCUCGUUUGUGGGGGAAGAUGUAACUGUGAGCGAGUCACCAAAGAACUUAUCAGACUCUUUGAUAGACCUUAUCACUGUGAAACCUCGGGAGACCGGAGUGUGUGACAGAGAGCAAACAGUGUCUUUUUGCCUAUAAGGGUGAACAGGAGGUUCUUUCCUAUGCCUUGUUAAUCUUGUCACACUUAAGAAACCUUUCAUCCUUUAUCACUGUUGUUUGGGAGAAGUUAGGGUCAAUUAACUGAUUAGAGGAACUGUUGGAGGAACAGGAAUUUCUUGUUUGUAAAUGAGUGGUAUAUAAGAUGUAUGUUGAACACAAUGAAGUACAACUAUUCUGAUGCUAA